CCGGGGCGCUGAUGCAGUCACAAUGCGAUGGAGACGUUGUUUGCUGCUGCCACAAGCAUAGUGGGUAGGACGCAACCGAGCCUGGACGGUGGACUGUUUAUGUUCUUUCUGGAAUAUUUCCUCCCACUUCCAUCUCCUACCGGAGCUAAUGCUAGCGCAGAACAGAAACGUAGUGUGACAGAACAUGUGCUCUCCACUUACUCCCGCGCUGGCUACGCCUCAGCCAUAUCGUUCAGUGCCAUUUGGAGUAUCUCACUGGUAUCUGCAACUUUAUUUGUGUGCUGCCGUCGUAGACACAAAACGAAGCGUUCUGCGCGAAUAGCCCUCUUGACAGAUGCGUCCAGAGACCUGACUACUAUGCAUACUUCGCGUGCUUCUGGCACUGGGCUGUUGCGCAUGCAACGUGAACGGUUACAAUCGAACUGGCUGUGGUUAGCUACGCAGUUCCUCUUUUUCAUUAUCCUCAUUGUGUUGCUUGGCGCAGCAGUUUUGUUAGGUUUUUCGAUGAGCAGCCAAUUACAAGUGAACCUAUCAUCUCCACCCGCGUAUGAAGAGGCAGUAGGGAGGCUGCUGAACUCAGCAGAGCUGGAACACACCAAUCCCCAAAAAACUCAUGUGUUCCCGCGGGUUUUAAGAGCUCUGGCCCAGGUACGUGCCUACUUCAAUGAAUUUGUAAAUAUCACCCGCACUCAUACGGCCCCCAUUGUUGACGAACUAAUCAGCGCCACUGAGCAAAUGCAAGAACGAAUGACGGCUGAUUUCAACUCACUACUGUUUGAGAAAAUUGGAGCUACAGAAGCCUUUGAAUUGGGCGAUUUCUUGGGUCGCAAUGUGAUUUCCUUAGUUGAACAUUCCAUGGCCAUUGUGAAUCAGGAUGCAAUUUUCAAGAACCAUUUUGAUCGGUUAAAAGUCGAGCUGCAGGCUUGGCUUCGUCUGAUCAAUUCGUACGGCCCCGGUGUCAAUGACCCUGAUUGCGAUUCCCGUUGCCUCUCCCUCCGGGCUACUUUCACCAACAAUUUGACUACCCGACCUGAUACCUUCAUGCCCGUCUUCAGCUUUGCAAUUGCUCUGAAGUUUGUGACUACUGAUCAGAAUCAAACUGCGGCGAACAUUCGUGAGCAGUUAAAUCGCGGAAAAGUCCUUGCUUCGCAUCGGCUGAUGGAGACCAAAAGGAUAAUGUCGGAGCGAAUCGAUAUCCCUAACACGAUUCUUAAGAUGACAUCUCGGCAGUGGGACGUGCUGGACUCCCAAAUGUCUUGGGCGAUUCAGGCGGUGGAUAAUGCAGCAUCCAAAGUGACCGAGUUUGUUGUUCCCAAGGUGUUAUCUGGCUCAGUUGUCAUUCUUGCUCUAGGCUGCAUAUUUUGGAUAGUUUUGCUCUUAUUCACUCUUGGUGUAACUUGGAUUGUCAUCUAUUAUCACUGUGUACCCAGUGAGUUGGGUCCUCGGAAUCGGCAUAGACUUCGAACGGCAAGUGGCUUUGGCCUUGUUCUUUUACUCACGAGUUUGCUCUUUGCUACAGCCUUUUUUCUUGUUGGAGGUUACCUUUACACCGAGGCAUGCAGAUACAUAGAUCCAGAGCAGACGCGGGUGACGGUUGUAAAACAUGAAGGAUUUAAGGAAGCAUACACCAAACAUCAUUUUCCACUAGAUUCUCAUAUUAAUGCAUUUAUCACCCAGCACUGGCCAUUCAUACUCUACUUGGUUGCACAGAACAAUCCAUUAGGGACUCGACCGCUACCGGUUCCCCAUGUGCGCAGUCCUAUCUAUGCCCUAUCGCAUAACUGUCGGAAGAAUAUGGGUAUCUUGGAAGCGACUGACGCCAUUACCGAUCUUGACAUGACCAGCCUAAACGAUCCUGAGAUGUCAAAGCGAUUCGUGAACACUGGACGGGAAAUCAUGAUAGAUUCUUUGAAGUCUCUCGACGCAGAAGAAAUGUUUCCCAGGGAAACCGAUGAGCAAUUAUCAUUGGCAGGUAGACUGGAUGAUUUUAUCGUCGAUUUUGAUGGCAUUCGUGCUCGUCUGCCUACCACAUAUGUGAGCGUAUAUGACUCCGAAAAUGGAUCCAAUGACUACCGACCUUUCUCACAAACUGAAUUGUGGGUCUCUUGGAAUUCCUACUACACCGAUAUCCUCCAACACCGUCUUUCCAGGGACCAAAACGCUCGUCUCGUUUCAGCAACUCAACAAGUUGACCUCAGAUUACGCAACCUAGUGGCCGUAGUUGAGACUAUGAGUGAUCAUUUGAAAAACCUUUCCACAGCCAAAAAGAUCGGACCCGUUGUGUUACAGUUGAAAUCCGUCUUGGCAAGGUUGAAGGAACUUAUGACAAACAAGCCUGCUUUAACAGAACUGGCAGACAAGUUAUUCGAGAAACACAUUUCUGCUGUAACUCCGGGUGAGGUGGUCAAGCUAAUUGCGAAAUUUGGACCCAGAAUAAUGGCUGAAGUCGGACGUUGUCGGCGACUUUAUGAGGCUGCAAAGGACUUGAAUGAUGCCAUAUGCGGGGGUGUUGUGAACGUGCUAAACGGUUUUUGGUUUGUGUGCGGUUGGAUCGCCUUAGUUGGGACGCUGAUCAUUACGUUUGGAUCGCUGUUGUUACUUCGCAAACCGGUCAGAAGCACCGGGAAGCCUUUCACCAAGACUUACCCAUCAUUCAAUACCGUUUGCGUGCGGAGGCGACGCAAUGAAGCUAGUACCAACACUCACCCUGGGCAUACCAUCAUUCGGGAUGAAGGAGAGUUGUUAAACCCCUCUGGUCUGCAUGUAGGUCCAUCUCAAUUGUGUACAGUGAGUAGUGUGUAACUCGUAACCCUGAUAACACCUGGCACUCAGCAAUCGCUAAGAUGUAUUCUGUUUUCAUGACCAGGUUUUAUUUGCUACUUGCUCGAAACCCGAUCGUCUCGACACUUUUGUUUUCAAGCGCGAUUAGGAUUUAUUUCUGUGCAUUUCCCCAAAGUAAACUAUUUUUCUGACUGGACUAGUCUUAAUUCUAUUCCGUUACCACCGAGAAUGCCUUCAUGCUCACUCGUACGUUUUAUGGUUUUGGUCCUUCACCGUUUGCUAUGUAUGCAAUCUGCCGUUCCCAUGUCUGAUUUUUCACGGCAUCAGACAUCAUUGUUCCUUUUUGGUUUCCUCAAGUCAUGUCACAUCCUUGGUUUGUGCUAAGCCCACGCACGUGUCUCCCACUUCUUUCACCACGCGUUUUGCGUGCAUUGGUCACGCGGAUGCAGAAUAUGGUGCGUGCUCUUGCAUUCCUUUUGCACAAUGAAUUGAGAUAUGUUAGGUUGCUACCUAAUUCGAAAAGCUUGAGAUCUGUAUCGAGAUGAUCUGACCGAAAUUCAUGAUCACUCGUGGUUACAGUCUUCUCUCUCCCAAGUCGAAUAAGUUAGAUGCUGUGGGCCAAGCUUCAUACCAUCUUCCCGUCAGAUAUCGAUGCGGAUCACCACGAUCACACACUUCCAUGGUCGUUCAACUUAAUUGCGUUACAUGUGCACGUGGUAUGAUGAGAAUAUAAGGUUUUGGUGUUAUUUUUUUCAUCCACGCGUAGUGCGUUUCUGGUUUUAAGCCUUGCGUUCUCCACAUUUCCUUCACACCCGACUCUGACACGGUAGGCAGUUCAAUGAACACUAUCCAUCUGUUCUAGUCUAAUCGGUUCAUAGAACUGUUUGUUUAGCAUCUUUGCAAACAGUAACACUAUCCACAGGCUUUUUCAAUAUUCAGCCGAACAGCACACAUCGUUUCACUGCCAAAGACGGUAACACCGUUGCUUCCAUUUCAUUGCUCUUCCAUUUGCCCACUCUGCACUUUGCUGGUGGGGUCUUUUCGUACUGGCUUGUAUCUAGUCGAAGAAGCGCGGUGGCCACACCCCACUUCCUUCUUUUUUGCGGACGCAAUUCUGAACCCAAUUCAGACAAAAGAUUCUUAAGUCACUUGUUAGAGCCGCAUUCCAACAACCACUUCCUUCGCAUUCAUAACUGCGGAGCAACUACGUGAGGAUGAUAAGGCUUGCGUGCUUCAGCAGGUUAACUUUGUGGUACGCAUCCAUCUGAACCUUCGCUUACCUGAAGUGGCACUAGUCUCUGUCCUCUCCUUAAAGUAGUUCACCAAGGACUCAGUGGAAGAUAUAGGCAAUCUCACCAGCCUUACUAUUGUGCCAGAGCUUGUGGAAUCAGUGCGGCAUUUACUAGCACAGUGUUUAUUGCUUGAAGUAUUCACCAUGAGGUUGGAUCACAAUACGCCCAUUUGAGCCUGGAAGGCACAAAAUCAGUGCUGGAGAAUGGUCAUUUAGUGUGGAAUUCUCUAAACUUUGAGACCUUCGGAGCUGUGUUGGGUCUGGGAUCACGUAGGGUUAUGCACCGGACCAAUGCGCCCGACGUUUUCGCUAGUAAGAACGUCUAAGCAUUGCACAUCGAACAUCAUCCACCUACACGCUCCGGAUCUUCGUCACUCAUGGGCCAGCGCAAUCCUCACACCGUUGUUCGGACACAGGCAGCACCGCGAUCACGGCACUGGGUAGACCUCUCCACAGGUUCCGCAUUGUGGAUCUUGGCAUCACUCACACUCGGUGGCGGUUUGAUCUAACAUUGCUUAUGCUCCAAAAUGUGCAGUCUAAGUUCGUUCAUGAGGAUAUGCAGCGCGGGUGCUGUGCGGCAAUAACAGCAUUUCAUCUCCUGAGGGACAGGAAGCGCGAACCACACAGAUAGACCUUGAGAUAUGGAUGAACGGCGAGUGAUCAUGAGCAGACCAAUUGUUUGGAUUAAUAUGCAGCUAUAUCACACUGAAGUGCAUUUUCGAUAGUCCAAGUUGAUGUCGAUAUGGCAGUUCUUUUGACAUGUGAGCAGUUAGUUUUCGUCUUGCAGCAUCAACAGCACACUAACUUAGACAACUAGCAGUUUAAUGUGUCCACAAGGUAAGUGCUUCGCAUGUUCCCAUUAGCAACCAAACGUAGAGUGAUGGAAACAGCAACUAACUAACGUUAUGUAGCAGUGGAAGAUCUUGUAAAUUAUCGAAAGCGCAAGCAGCAUUUAUCGGGUGUAGAACUUCCAGCUGUGUAGCUGGGUUGCAAUUCACUGUGAAACAGGCCUGGAUGAUUUCGAGCAAUUGGACUGUGACUAAAUCUGAGAUAGCUUACAUAUUCAGGUGAAGUGCGGUAUGCGAAAUCUAGAUCUCCUAUUCUUCCAUUGAGUACCUUUAUGUGGGAUCGAGCGGUAGCUAAUAGUUUUCCAUCAUAUUCAUCUGGGCGGUGGUGUGAAAACAAAUCCUUUUGUGCAGUACGCGAAUCAUAGCUACGUCACAGACGCUUGUAGUACUAUUCAGAAGUUUACACUCUUCGCUGGAAGUUGACAUAGCACGUGGACGCCGACAUACGAAGGAGUGCGUUGUACUUAGUAUUCAGCACUCACACUUCUGACAUUGACACACCAAGUCAAUCUCAUUCCCAGGCGUAUUUGAUAUCUUUACUCGACUUAAACUUUGGAUCGAUA